CAUCUUAUCCUCACAAGAGUGCUGGACCCUCUCCCAGCUGUCAUCGGGCUGGAGGCAGGGUACACCCUGAACUGGUUGCCUGGUGAUCGCAGGGCACAUAGAGACAAACAACAGUCAUACAUACAAUCACACCUAGGAAUUAAUGACCAUGUUUCCUCAUAGAAUCAGGUAACUGCCUUGAAGAUAGUGUUUGGGUUUUUAAUCAUUGAUUCGAAGAAAUACAAAUUUUAAAUAUCUGAUAGUGUGAAUAAUCAUUGGUGCAGUUUCCAUUUGCAUUUGAAUGUGAUCCAGAUUUUUAAGAUAUUCCAAUUAAAUCAACUCAUUCUUUUCCCUAUAAGGGCUUUCUUUGAAUCGUCUACUUGGAAUAGUAAGCAGCCUCUGUUUGGUGCAACCCGGGACCGUUUUUUCUUGUUUGUCCUGCACAGACGUGCGCACACUGGAAAUGAUUCAGACUUGUUUUUUCUUUUCUGCUUGAUAAAAGAACACGCUUGCUGCUCGCACGUGCCUCACGACUCACCCCUUUUAAACAGAUUUUUUUUCCACUCUCACUGACGCUGUGUGAUGCUAUAUGCUCAGCAAUAAUGAGCUCGCAUUGGACAGUGUCCCCCCCCCUCACUGGUACGAGAACACUGUGGCACAGUGAGUCACGAUCCAGAAUGUAUUCCCGGCAUAGAUGUUUCACAAUGUACUUUUAGAGCAUUGCAGUGUCUGUGUGAGUGCGUGCGCGGGCGUGUGUUUUCAAACCGAUAGAGUAGAACAGGACAUGGCAAUGUCGUCGAGGAUGAUGACUCGGCCAGAAUGGCAUGUUUUCUUCUUCACUGCCAUUGCACAAUUUCACACAAUCACUAGGUCACAGAAUCACCUUUACAAAAUGCGCUGAAUAACAAAAUUUGAUAUUCACGCUGGACUUUUUUUAAAAAUUAUUAUUUAAUUGUGUCGACUACAAUACAGGGAAGUUGGGGAAGUAAAAUGGGUCAGGUUGUACCGCACUCCCUUUUCGUAGUCUCAGGUACCUGUAGCCUCACUUGCAUUUGCAUAUUGGUCUUAGUUUCACAUGGAUAGUCACAUGUUUACAUACUUCAUACACAUACAUUUUCCUUUCACACCUUGCAUAUUCUCUCUCUCAGAUACCAUAGUUUCUCACUUUCAAAUACAUUUUGGAUGCAUGUCAAAUCCACAUAAUGGGAAAAUGUAUCUUUUUGUAAGAGACAAAUGUGAGAAAACUACUUGUUUGAAAUUAAAUGGGGGGCGAGUGCAAGGAUGGUCAUAAUAUGGCUCUUGGGCCACAUGCAGUCCAGUCUAUUCUUUAAAGGUCAAGUGUCAUGACUAUAAACAUUCUAAAAUAGAUAUUGUAAUGAAAAAUACACAUAACAUUAUUCACUUCAAUGUCUAUACGAAAAAAUAGCAGAGAGCGCGUCAUCCAUGCGUAAAGUAGCGGAAGUCUCAUUCGACAUUCAAGUGGUAGUCAUAUUGGCUGCAGCGUCUGUUCAUUACGUCACACCGGGACGUUCGCCAUUGAAAACACGCUGUGCCACCUACUAUUGUACACAGAAGCACUUUUCAAAGAAGAGAAAAUAUCACAAUCGAGUGAAGUGACCGGGAGAAUAUUACCCCAUCAUUUUGUUUUGUUUCGAGCCAUAUUGAGAUGAUAUGCGGAUCACUUCUAACAAACAACACCAGACAGUAUGUAUGAGCCACCUGGGUGGCACCGCGAUGAGCUACCCUGGUCGAAACCGAGGUGCUGCCGAAGCCAUCCGCGCCGCCGACGGGUACAUCGACACAUUUAGCACCCUUGACGCAGAUCUUUUGUUACAUUCUGAGAGGACUACGAUCCCCCUGCCCCCCAAGUAUUGUUUUUUUUUUGUUUUUUUUUUUAGUACCUGUACAGACACCUACCCGUCAUUUGGAAGCCACAAAGAUCUCGUCCUUUGCACCCGUGCAAUCCAUGUUUCACAACGAUAGUACCUAAAAAUAACUUGGCUCUUCAAAUACCACCAUCAUUCAUAUACCCAGUAGCCCUUGACGACAAUCAAAAACGAGGCAGAGACUUUAUUCCUAAAAAAGCGGAUGAAAUAUGAUUAGAAGCCAAUAACGCUGCACAGGUUGAAAGUUGUGCAAAUGAAACGGUACCUAAAAGUUCAACAAAACUGUAAAAUCCAUUAUAAUGUACGUGUACUAGACUGGGUUGAAAAACUAAGUCAUGCACAGAUUAAUUCACAUACCAUUAGAGGUAGGCGGUGUACAACUCUUUGAGAAUCACUGAAUUAGGUAAUUAGCAUAAAAAUAUGUUUUAAAGCGGAUAUACAAAUGCGGUGUUAUUGUACAGUGCCACAGCGUGUGGCAGCGUUUCUCUGUUUCCCCUGCAAGUCACUCAGGGUGCAUUUGUAUCAGAUAUGUAGGCCGGCACAGCGUCAACAUCUGUCUCACCCCAGUGGGCCGUUGACUGCCUGUUGAGAGCCACGACAGAUGGGAAGGGAGCGUGUGCCUCCAAUACUUCCCACUUUGACUGCACUGGCAGUUGUCUUCCUAAAAUAGCCUCCAUUCCACAGCCUUAUAUGUGCAAGGCCUCCAGCAUGCGCCCGAGGAGGUAUCGCGUAUCUAGGCCACACAAUACGAGUCGCAAGGCUCAUUGUUGCCGGCGACCAUCAGGCCUCUCCCCGCCGCUGGGGAAGGAAAAGGCUUCGCCGUGGGUCUCGGCACAAGAACACUAUGGAUCUCGUCCAGCUAAACCGCGAGUGUCUCCUGCACCUUUUCUCCUUCUUGGAUAAGGACAGCCGGAGGAGUUUGUCUCUUACCUGCGCACCCUUGCGCGAAGUCUUCCUGGACCCCCGGCUGUGGAAUGUGCUCCACUUCAGCUCGCUCUCCCAGCUGAGGAGCGCCAACUUUGUGCUGGGACCAUCUUUGCGUCACCUGUCUAUCUGCUGGCACUCCAGCAGGGUGCUGCAGGUGUGCAACAUCGAGGGCUGGUUGAAGAGCUCCUUCCAAAGGGACAUCUGCAGCAAACACGAAAGACUGGUCAGCGCCUUCCUGGCUCGUGUCUGCCGCUUGUGCCCCAACCUGCUAUCCUUGAAGCUGUCUGGCUGCGGACACAUCACGGAUCAGGACCUGAUGGUCCUGCUGCGGAAGUGCAGCAAGCUGCGCCGCCUCCACCUGGAGAACUGCGUCUGCGUCACAGACCGCAUACUGGAUGGCGUGGUGGCUGACGGCACCAGCCUGGAGGAGGUCAGGGUGGACUUCUGUAGGAACAUAACGGAGGAGGGGCUCAAGGCGGUGCGAGAGAAGAGACCCAAGCUGAGGCUGAGCGCGGAAAGGAGCGCGAGCAUGAUUCCAGAUAGCAAGCCCGAGGAGAAGGUGGCACUCAGGACGAAUUGGCAGAAACUCCUGGAGUCCUCCUGAUCGCAGAACUACUACUAAGACUCUUUUCUUAUUUAUUGACUAAGACAUUUUGUCUUUUUUUUGGGGGGGUUUGUCUUUAUUUUGUAUUUUUCUACCCAACUUUCCUGACUUUAUAGCCCUGCCGCAAAUAACGACAAACCGUGACUAACUGCAAACCCCCAGCAAAUGUUUACUUUUUAUAAUUGUGCGUAUUACUUAAUCCAUAAAAUGGAUCAAAAUAUGAUUCCAAAACAUCCAUCUAAUCAUCCAUCCAUUCUCUUAGCUGCUUAUCCUCACGAGGGUCGCGGGGAGUGCUGGAGCCUAUCCCAGCUGUCAACGAGCAGGAGGCGGGGUACACUCUGAACUGGUUGCCAGCCAAUCACAGGGCACAUAGAGACCAACAGCCGUAGUUACAAUCACACCUAGGGCCAAUUUUCCAGAGUUUCCAUGAACGCAUGCUUUUGGGAUGUGGGAGGUAAACCGGAGUACCUGGAUAAAACCCACGCAGGCACAGGGAGAACAUGCAAACUCCAUGCAGGCGGGAUCGAACCCUCAACCUCGGAACUGUGAGGCCAACACUUUCCAGCUGAUCCACCGUGCCACCCAUUUCCAAAACAUUUACUUUAAUUUUAGACAUCCUACAACAUUACACUUACAAAUAAGUGGUUUACGCUUGACUCGAUUUCAACAACAUGUAUCUGAAGUGUGCCAAUAAACAUGCACAUGCAGCUCGUAAUUACUUAAUUAUGAAGUAUACGAACAACCCACGCUGAAUUUGGCUCCUCCCUAAAUUCUUGUCUCUCAGUUUGAAAUGCAUCACUUCCUACUUCCUUGCCACCUCGUGCUACUUUUAAGAAACAGACUGGGUUUUGGUACCAUCUUGCUGGAAAGCACACAAAAUCCGUGAAUUUUUCACCAAAUACAAAAAAAAAAAAAAAAAAGCAGUUAUAUUUGUGAACAGAGAAGACCAAAUUACUCUGGAUGCAAAAAUAUCCUUCACAAAAAUGAUCUGAUUGGCACAACGAAAGAGGGAUUGUUUUAGCAGCACAUUUAAUAUUGUGGUCAUGGAUGGGGCAUUUUAUUUUCAAUGGAUUGAAUAAAAAGAGUACUUUGGGGGGAUAAGCGAUCUGAACUCUUUUUUUCCAUGCAUAGUGGGGGUCCGGAUCUGGCCUCCACACAUACCAACAACUGGGCCAAAUUUGAGCAUUUCCCAUCCCUUGUGGUGAAAGUCAGUGAAGGCCCCAAUUGUCAGAUGUCUCCAAAAGAUUAUCCAGAGCGUUUAUCUUGUCUGUGCUGUGUUUUGAGUGACAGUCAUAAAUGUUGAAUAUUUACAAACAAAAAAUCCUUUCCGAGACUGUGUACGAUUUGUUGUUGUUGAUCUCGAAUAGACUACAUGAUAAAAGAGGUAAGUAGGCAUACGGUUUUGUUUUGUUUUGUUUCUCGUGUCAGGUCUCACACAUAAAAUGGGUUUAUAUGUUAAAAUUCAAAAUCUAUGUACUAUAUCCAUUCAUUCCUUGGUCAAUUCACUCAUUCAUUUUCCGAGCCACUUAUCCUCACAAGGCUUGCAGAAGCACUGGAGCCUAUCCCAGGCACGGCGAGAACAUGCAAACUCCAUACAUGAGAGGCCGGGAUUUGAACCCCGGACCUCAGAACUGUGAGGCCAA